CAUUUCGCGUCAAAUGUGAAAUGAGUCAAAUCAUUUGUGUCGGUACUGUCGAUCUGAUUGCGCCGGCAAAAUAAAAUAAUCUAAUUAUAAUUUGAUUGCGAACGAAUAGAAUUACGAACGCAGUUAUCAUUUUGUUGUAGCCAUUGUUUUCUCCGUUAUCGGAGAAAUUUCCUCAUACUGAGUCGUGCGUGACUUGCAAGAAAAAAUGGGGAAAUUACUCUUGCUAUUCCUCGCGCUAGCUGCCACUUCUGUGUGCGGCUUUCUCAGAGUACCACUGUACCGCAUGAAAACUGUUCGCAAGCAUUUCCAAGAGGUGGGGACUGACCUGCAAGUGCUGAGGAUCAAGUAUGCUGUCUCUGGACCAGCUCCAGAACCCCUGUCAAACUACUUAGAUGCACAAUACUACGGGCCGAUCUCCAUCGGGUCUCCGCCGCAGACCUUCAAGGUAGUGUUCGACACCGGCUCCUCCAACCUGUGGGUACCGUCCAAGAAGUGCCACUUUACCAACAUCGCCUGCCUGCUGCACAACAAGUACGACAGCAGCAAGUCGAGCUCGUACCGCGCCAACGGCACGGAGUUCGCCAUCCACUACGGGUCCGGCAGCCUGUCCGGGUUCCUGUCGCGCGAUGACGUCACGGUGGGCGGCAUCACGGUGCGCGGCCAGACCUUCGCCGAGGCCAUGUCGGAGCCCGGCCUCGCCUUCGUGGCCGCCAAGUUCGACGGCAUCCUCGGCAUGGCCUUCAGCAGCAUCUCAGUGGACGGCGUGACCCCUGUGUUUGACAACAUGGUGGCGCAGGGGCUGGUGAAGCCAGUGUUCUCAUUCUACCUCAACCGGGACCCGAGCGCGGCGCAGGGCGGCGAGAUCAUCCUGGGUGGCUCCGACCCGGCGCACUACUCCGGCAACUUUACGUACGUGCCCGUCAACCGCGCCGCCUACUGGCAGUUCCACAUGGACGCCGUGCUGGUCAACGGGAAGGCUUUCUGCGCAAAUGGCUGCGAGGCCAUCGCCGACACGGGCACGUCCCUGAUCGCGGGCCCCAGCGAGGAGGUGGAGGCGCUGAACAAGGCGCUGGGCGCGACGCCGAUGGCGUUCGGCCAGUACGCCGUGGACUGCUCGCUCAUCGACAAGCUGCCGCCCGUCUCCUUCACCGUGGCCGGCACUCGCUUCACGCUCGAGGGGGUCGACUAUGUGCUGCGCGUGACUCAGUUCGGUAAGACGGUGUGCCUGUCCGGGUUCAUGGGCCUGGACAUCCCGCCGCCCAACGGCCCGCUGUGGAUCCUGGGCGACGUGUUCAUCGGCAAGUACUACACGGAGUUCGACGUGGCAGGCAAACGCAUCGGGUUCGCGCCCGCCGUCUGACUACACGGACAGUCUCCUGUACCGUAGCGCGCUGUCCGCUAGUAGUCUGCAAUGUUGUGUCGCUAGCGCUAGGACGUAGUGUCAACAAUAAACAAGCCAAUGAUGCCUUUUAUGUUUGUAUUUUAGAAAUAAAACAUCGUGUUAAAAUGUAA